UAAGUUCAACGCUGCAAAACUGAACGAAACGAUACAGCAGCGGCACGCGAGGGUUAGGAAAUUCCCAAGCGAACGCGCCCCCACAAGGCCAUUUUCCGUGUCGGUUCUCCCUCGGCCCCGCGGCGGCGCUCCUGCCGCCCGCGGCACGAUGCAGCCCUUCUCGCGGCACGCCGGCUUCUUCGCCUCCCUCAAGCAGGUGGAAGACAGAUUGGCGGCGGAGCAGCCUCAGCGACAGCCCGACCCGCCGCCGCCGCCGUUCUCGGACACCAUGACCGCGUCCCCGCUCUUCCUCGGCACGUCCACGUCCACGGCCACCGACCGCGGCAGCGGGCCGGCGCUGGACUUCCUCACCCUCUCCAAAGACGACGAGGACCGCGCGCAGGAGCCCCAAGAGGACUCCAACAACGACGAGGAUGACAGCGGGGAGGACAUCACACGGCUCAUGUCUCUCCUCGGCCUGUCGCCGCCGCCACGGGGUGGUGGCGCUGGCGACGACGCGAGCGCCAGCGGCGGAUGCGAUUGCAGCGGCGGCGACGGGUUCAUGGCGAAGGUCGUCGGCAUGGUCGGGCCCAAGUGCGAGAGGGAGAAGAAGAGGGUGGACGGCUGGAUUCGGCAUUACUGCCCCGGCGACGGCGGCGGGUGCAGGGAGCCCGCGAGGCUGGCGCACCUGCUGCUCGCCAAGGCUUCGUGGACCUGGGACGGAGAAGGUCCUGCGGAUAGAGCAGCCCUUGCGUUCCCUUCCGCCGUGAAGGAGUUCUUGGCCCGUGACGCGCCACCGCCGCCGCUGACGAAGGAGGGGGAGCAGACUGAUGCAGAGUGAUUGGAGGAAAUCCCUUUGUACUCCUGCGUUCCUGUUGGCCAACGCCUAUUUCAGACACAGGGAGGGAGGGAUAUGCAAACUGAAUAUAGUUGUUCUCUCUGAAAGUGUCAAAAGCAAUUUGUUGACUUCUCCAAAAUUGGAAGUACAUUAUUUACCAGAGAUUUUCAGGGACAAAAUUGUGUUUCCCUGUACAUUUUUCUCCAGUGAUGGCCCUGGGACGGCUAAAACUCCAAAUUAACAUCACCUAAGGUGAUACUUUACCCUAAGUUGUAAUUUGUCGAGUACAAGGCCUAUCUGCUGAUCUGCCAAUGAUAAGACAACAAGAAAUGCCAAAA